UUGCCAAACCCUAAUCAAAGAGAGAUACAGGCGUAGAGAGAGGCGAAAGAGAAUCCUAAGGUUUUCUUUCAAUAUGACUUUCAAGAGACGGAACGGUGGCCGCAACAAACACGGCCGUGGUCAUGUCAAGUUCAUCCGUUGUUCCAACUGCGGCAAAUGCUGCCCCAAGGACAAGGCCAUUAAGAGGUUUCUUGUGAGGAAUAUUGUGGAGCAGGCUGCUGUUCGUGAUGUUCAAGAAGCCUGUGCUUUUGAAUCUUACACCUUGCCCAAGCUAUAUCUGAAAAUGCAGUACUGCAUUUCAUGUGCCAUUCAUUCUAAAGUUGUUAGGGUUCGUUCUCGCACCGAUAGGAGAAACCGUGAGCCCCCACAGCGCUUCAGACGCAGGGAUGAUCAGCCAAAGCCUGCCCAAGGAGGAGCACCACACACUGCUGGUGGACCAGCAGCUGCAGCAGCAGCCCGCACUUGAGACAUCUAUCCUAUGAUGGUUUUUGCCUAGUUUUGCAUUUUCCUUGUUUACUUUUGAAAGCUUUGAACUCCACUAUUUAAGCAAAUUUUAUUUUUCAGAACCAAGACAUGUCUUUGGAUUGAAAUGUUAUUGACUCUUAUUGUUUGAGCUAUAAUUAUUACUAUUUUCAUUUUGCAUUGAAGAACCAUUUUUAUUU